CUUCGCCAUGCCUUCAAAGGGCCCUGCAACCCUUUCUACAGAUAUCUGGACAUCAGAUACUGGCACUAUGAGCUCCAAAAACGAUCCGAUUCUCUAUAAACCUCCCUUCCCCUCUCUCCCGGUUCCCCAACCACCGCCAUCGUCCUACGAUCCCUUUCGAGGGACAGAGACACCGUUGGUGAUCGAUAAUGGCAGUACGACAUUUCGGUACGGGUUUGCUACCAGCAAGGAGCCCAGGACGAGCCUCAACGUAAUGGCACGGUACAAAGAGCGGAAAACCAAUAAGCCUCUCCUCCUCUUCGGCGAUGGGAUCGAGGUCGAGAGUGGGGCAAAGGCACAGGCGAAGUAUCCGUGGGAGGGCGAUGUGCUGCUCAACUUCGAUGCUUUGGAGAAUGUCCUCGAUUGCGCCUUUGUCAACUUGGGGAUAGACACAGACACGGUCGAGCAUCCCAUCCUCAUGACUGAGCGGAUCGCCACCCCCAUCCAUUCCCGAACAUUAACGUCCGAGCUCUUGUUCGAGCAGUACUCAGUACCUUCUGUUGCCUACUGUCUCGACGGAGUGAUGUCCUUUUAUGAGCGCAACAAACCAUCGAGCCCAGGCCCUUUCACUGCCGACGGACUUGUGAUAUCCUUCAACACCGCGUCUACCUCCGUCAUACCCAUCUUGAACGGGCGCGGUAUUCUCAGCCAUGCCAAACGUCUGCAAUGGGGAACAUCCCAGGCGUCUGACUACCUCUUAAAGCUCGUUCAGCUGAAGUAUCCGACUUUUCCGACGCGCGUGACGCCGGUGCAGGCUUCUUGGAUGCUGGAGCGCUUCUGCCUUUUCGCGACAGACUACAAGGCUCAGAUGCGCGCACUGCGCGACCCGAUCAAACUGAGAGAAGUGGAUUGCAUCAUCCAGUAUCCGUUCACGCAGCCUGCAUGGGAGACGAAGACGGAGGAAGAGCUGGCGAGGGCGGCGGAACGGCGGAAGGAGCAGGGCAAACGGCUGCAGGAGAUUGCGGCCAAGAAUCGGCAGGACAAGGCCGCGAAGAAGGAAGAGGAUCUCGAAAACUUGAUUGCUCUACGAGAUAGCCGCGAUGAAAUGGACAUCAACUAUUGGCUUGAAGAGCUCGAAGAGCAUGGGAUCAGCGACGAGUCUGAGCUCGACGAGGCUAUCGAAGUCCUGGAAGCAGAGAUCAAGAAGGCGAAGAGGAAGGACGCGGAUGGCGACGAGCUUAUGGACGAACCACAGUACCCUCUGGUCGACGUACCUGAUGAAGAGCUGGACGCCGACCAGCUCAAGGAGAAGAAGAAGCAGAAGCUUCUGAAGGCGGGCCAAGAGGCGCGCAUACGGGCAAGAAAGGAGAAAGAGAAAGAACGCGAGAUCAAGGAGCGCGAGGAGCGCGCCGAGCAGCAAGAGCGAGCCACGGACCUGGAUGGCUGGUCGCGUCGGCAUCGUCAAGAGCAUGAGGCGUUGAUGCAAAGGAUCAAUCAAAGGGAGAAGCACAAGGAGGCUCUGGCGGAUCGGAGGAGCGCGGCUGCUCAGGCGCGUAUGAAGAGCAUUGCGACGUUGGCGGCCGAUGAGAGGGUACCAAAGCGUGGGAGGAAGGUCGGCGGUGACGAUACGUUCGGCGCCAACGACGCUGAUUGGGACGAGUACCGCAAGAUUGAUGUCAGCGCUCCUGCGGAGGAUCAGGAAGAGGAUCUCAAGCGUCUCAUGGCAAUCGAGGAGAAGCUUUUGGUCCAUGACCCUACGUUCACCGAGGAGCACACACAUGCGGCCAUACAGCAACAGCGGUCGCCGCUACUGUGUGCCUUCAAGCCAGGAUACUCAGAAUGGGAUGUGGGCGGCGCCAACAGGAUACAUCUGAACACCGAACGCUAUCGGGCUUGCGAGACAUGGUUCUCGCCGUUUAUGGCUGGGCUUGACUCCGCUGGGCUAGGGGAGGUGAUUCAGAAUAUCCUUGCGCGAUUCACGUACGAGGAGAAGGGCCGGCUUGUCAAGAAUAUCUUCCUAACUGGUACGCCUUCAAAGUUCCCGGGGUUAGUCGAGCGGUUGCAGACAACGAUGCGACCCAUUAUGCCACCGGAAAUGCCGAUUGAGAUUGUGCGCGCGAACGAGCCAUCAUUAGACGCCUGGAAAGGGAUGGCAUCGUUCGCGCAAACAGAAGAGUUCAGGACGGUCGGCGUGACGCGCCAAGAGUACGAGGAGCAUGGAGGGGAGAGGAUUCGGCGAUGGUGGGGUGGAAAUUGGAAUGGUGCUACGCUUUAGCUGUUCUUCUGCUUGCUCUGUAUGUACUGCUCUGUGCGCAUAUCUGACUGUUUGUGAAUGUACACACGUUGCUUGAAA